AUGCAUCCUCGCCUGGUGUCCGCUUUGGCGGCUGCUGCACUCGUAAGCGCAGCCAGGCCGCGGAUCGGUGCGACGGCCACCAGCUACGCGUUAGGCCCCUUCUCGGUGACAGUCGACACGGACGCGUCUCUCCUCAACAUCGUCAACAGCGCUGGAGAUCAAGCGUCGGGCAACUUCCAGUUGAGCAGUGAAGACGUGGGGACGCCCUGCCAGACCGCCACUAUCUCCAGUGCUUCGUCGAGCUCCGACCGCGUGGACGUCACUGGUUCCUUCGCCGAUGCUUCGUGCUCCGAUUGGACGUGGACGCUUUCGUUCGCUCUGGAUGCGUCCUACACCGACAGCAGCGACGAUUCUCAGCCCUUGGUGUUCAACGCCAGCAGGGAGGCGUCCGUCGGUCGUGGCGAAGAUCCCGUCACCACCUACCUCAAUGCGAAUGCAUCGAUCUCGGGCGCCCUCGCUGGUGGCUCGUUGCUGACGACGUACACGGGCGUGGGCUCUCUUACGACGUCGCUUGGUCGCUAUAACGCCACGUCGGCGUUCGAGGAUACGGCGGUCGGAUAUCUCGCUGGGAACAUCACGGAAGGAGACUACGUGACUGGGUCGACAACCACGCUGGAGAUCAUGUACGAGGGCUCAAGUGUGAGUGGCUGGAUCGGCCGUGCCGCCACGGGCAACCCCCUACUGGAAGCGACGAACGCACUGACGAAGGUCACCGGCCGACAGCCAAAGCUGCCGGAUUGGUCUCAUGACGGCGCAAUCCUGGGCAUCCAAGGUGGCCAGGACUUUGUGGAGGAGGAUUGGUCGGGGACGCGAUUGCAGACCGGUGCGUACGACAUCUCGCUGCACCGGCUGUGGUGGAACUGGGAGCCCGACUCGACGCUGUAUCCGACGUGGGCGGAGUGGGUGCCCCACCUGCAGUCCAGGUACGGUGUGCGCACCAUGAGCUACAUCAACACUUUCCUCGCUAACGUGAGCACCAAGAGCACGGGUUACAACACAAGUUUCUACGCCAUCGCGGCCAGUGAAGGCCGCUUCGUGGCCAACGCCACAGCGGGGGACGGCAGCGCUUGGACGAUUACAAGUGGCCCUGGAAUCGACGCUGGGCUGCUGGAUCUGUCCAACCAGUCGACCAUUGACUGGUUUAAGGCGCUGGUGAAGCACCAGUACUUCUCGGUGCCGAUCUCCGGUAUGAUGCAGGACUUUGGCGAGUACUUGUCGGUGGACUCCUCGGUCAGCCUCUCCGGCGGCACCGUGAGCCCGCGUGUCUUCCACAAUGACUACCCGACCGUCUGGGCGACACUUCUCCGCGACGUUGUGACUGAACUGGGAGUGGAGAAUGACACCAUCGGCUUCCACCGCAGCGCGGGCACCUUUUCGGCGAAGCACACCAACCUCUUCUGGGUAGGCGACCAAAACAUCGAUGUAUCUCGCGAGGACGGCAUGCGCGCGGUCAUCAGCAGCGCUAUCCACGUGGGUGCCUCGGGUUUCGCGCAAACCCACUCGGAUAUCAGCGGGUACACGAACACGCUGGCCACCGUUGGCAAUAUCACUCGCAACGCUGCGCUUCUUGGCCGCUGGGGCGAGCUCGGUGCCUUCAGCGGUACGGCCUUCCGCACCCAUGAAGGCAACAUCCCGCAGAUGAACGUGCAGGCCUACACGAACGAGACAACUCGCGCGUACCACGCGUACAACGCGCGCCUGUUCCGCAGUCUCAAGCCGUAUCACCUGGCCCUGCUGGAGGAGUAUCAGGAGAAUGGCUGGCCCAUGGUUCGUCACCCGAUCGUCUACUCCCCGAACGACUCGGUCGCGCGCUCCGUGAUUGAUGAGACCUUCUGGCUGGGCGAGGCUUUGUACGUGGCCCCCGUGUACGACUUGUCUGCCUCCACUGUUGAAGUGUACCUUCCUCCCAUUCAAGUCGACAGCAAGGGCUCCGCGGUCAACUCGUCGGCCUUCACGUUCAGAGACCUGUGGACCGGGAACGAGUACGCUCCGGGCCAGACCGUCACGGUGGACGCCCCCUGGGGCAAGCCCGGCGUGUUCAUGCGCUGGCGCGUGACGGAGCAAGAAGGGCUGCAGCUGCAGCAGCUCUGGGAGUUCGUUGUCGCCGGGCUCUCGAAGCCUGAGACCCCGUUGUCGGGAAAAGGGUCCAUUUAA